AUAUUUUUAAGGUCUGCCAUUCACGUCGAAUGAGAAGCUGAGGAGAAAUCUGCCUAGAGAAAUUGAAGAACAUUUUUUGGAUGAUAAAAAAUUGCGCUAAAUGCGUGAUAACUCACCGUAGAAAUGAUUUCCACACAGUCCACGGCCAGAUAAGAUGUUCUUCUCUCCAGUGAAACAAUCAGUUUUACAUGAGAGAUUCUCUACACAAUUCAAAAGAGCAAUGGCAGGUUGGAAAUUCAGUUUAUUGAAUUCUAUGAAAGAUCCAGAGCUGGUCGUCAAGUCUGAUGAUGAGAUAGUUAUAAUGAAGGACAAAUAUCCAAAAUCUCAAUUCCACUAUCUCGUUCUACCAAAGGCUGACAUAAAUAGUACCAUUUCCUUGGAUUCUAGUCAUUUGCCUAUUGUGAAAUACAUGGAUGAACAAGCCAGAAAAUUCAUUCACACCCACUAUGAAGAUGUUGUAUUUUGGCUUGGUUACCAUGCUCGGCCUUCCCUUCAGCGGCUGCACCUCCACCUCAUAAGUGACGAUUUCCAAGGAUCUGGUUUGAAAAACGCUAAACAUUGGAAUAGUUAUACGACACGGUUUUUUCUCCCCUCUUCAAAGAUUAUCGACGACCUGGAAAAGUUCAGCUGUGUACGAAUACCAGAAGAUGAAAAAUGUAACGAAUAUCUAAAGAGUAAACUAAGGUGCCACAAGUGCUCUCAUUGUCCUCCAAAUAUGCCUGCUCUUAAAAAGCAUUUGGAAACACAUAAUAAAUAACUUAUUAUUUAAAAGAAA